GGGGAUAAUGCGCGUGAGACAGAAACACUGAGGUGGUGAAAUGUCACGGGAGGAAAGACAUCUGCUGUGCUUUGUUGAUCCGUGAUGGGAUGCUCCAGCACAGUGCGCGUGCGGUUCCCCCAGUCCGGGCUGUCACUUUAAGACACCGAGAGCUUUGUGUCUGAUUAAUUCAACGUACGGCGACGCGUUAUCGGAGAAACCUUGUUAGACGACGAGCCGCACAGAGAACGAGGACAUGCAGGAAUACUGACUGCUGGACGAGAAACACUUGAAGUUAUUCUUAUUAUAAUAAAAACCCGUGUGUGUUUUUAUUUUUAUUUUUAUUUUUAAAGAUGAAGACAUCUUGAGGAUGGUUUGUUUGGACUAAAAGUCUGCAUCGUCGCGCACGAAAGGAGGGAUUUUUUUUUCUUUUCUCAGCAUCAGCUUGGAGUAAAAAUACAUCACAGGAGGGAGGACAGAAGCUCGGAAGGCAUGUCGUCGGAAAAACACGGUCUCGAUGACUCUGGCCGUCAGACCAUGCAGCCUCCUCCAUACCUCUCCGGCCCGCAAGACCCAAACAUGCCCCAACACCCUAACAUGCAGCCAGCACCGGGCAGCCAGCCCAACUACCCUCCUCCGCCCCCUCCUCCGGGCUCAGACGGAUAUCUCCAAGAAACCCAGUUCCACUGCGGCCCGCUGGGUCCUCAGGGGGCCCCGCAGGGCUACACGGUCCAGACCCAGGGCCCCGGAGGCACCAUGUCUCACGCCCCUGUAGGAUACCUCCACCCGGGCUACCCUCUUCAGCUUCAGCCCUGCACAGCUUAUGUACCUGUCUACCCCAUGGCAUCGGGACAACCCUACAUGCCGACCGGGGGAGGCCACCCAGGGAUCCCGCCGGGCCAGAUUCAUCCCAUGCAAAUGCCACCCAGCAUCACCCUAAUGGACCGUCGACCGCCACACGACUACCUGCCCAUCGCCGUGCUCACCACCGUCUGCUGCUUCUGGCCAACAGGCAUCAUUGCAAUCAUCAAAGCAGUGCAGGUGCGCACGGCGAUAGCCAGAGGGGACAUGGUGACGGCGGAGAUAGCCUCCCGCGAGGCACGCAACUUCUCCUUCAUCAGCCUGGCUGUUGGCAUCGCCUCCAUCGUGCUUUGCACCAUCCUUACCGUGGUAGUCAUCAUCGCCUCGCAGCACCACGACGACGACUGGGAGCCGUAACUCCGCACAGCGUCAGACAGAUGGGAAAUCAUGGCAUAUAUUAGCUAGCAAACUACUCUUGAUCGUUUGGAGGAAGUAGGAGCACUGAGAACACACACAAACUGCUACUGCAUUGCUGGCCCUACGGUGUACGGCUACACACACACACACACACACAGCUCUGACCUAACCCGCUGCCAUCAAACACACAAAACGACGACCAAAAACAACCAAUCACAGCUGGUGAUCAAAUGCCAAAUACAAUCGGCUGUCAAACGACGCCCAGUGUUGCUGUUAGCACAGCGACCGCUUAAUAUUUACACUCAGAUAUGAGCUGCACGAGGGAAGCAAAGCUCCUUGUAUUAACAAUUCAUUUGACGCUGAUUAAUUCAUAGGUCACCGUGUUAAAUAUUCCAACAACUAAAUCUACUAAAUGGGCCAUCGCAGUUGUUUUUAGGAUAUUUAAAUGCACAUUUUAGUGUUACAAGUAAAAUAAAAAAGUACAGUCUACCUGUUUUCUUCAAAAACAAAAAAAAGUGCCAUGUUGAAACAAAGUUGAUUUACAGAGUAGUAUUAUUGCUGACAGAGACUGUCAAACUGAUUGAAAGUGUUAGAGGGGGGGGAUCAAUACACAUUUAACACACCAAAUGGAGGCUGACAGAGUGUCUAAUGUAACCAAACAGAGUAUUUAUUUGAGAUUGGUUGUUCGUAUGCUAUGGACAUUUUAGCUGGAUGAGAUGAUACAUAAUUUAUGAAUUAUAUGUUCGUUGAUUUAUUUAAAAUCUGUUUAUUUAUGAAUUCAUUCAAUAUCUACUCAUGCGUCUGCUAUAAUUUACAAUAUAUUGUUUGUUGCAGCUAUCUGACACUUUUGAAAUUGGCUUAAAUUUGAUAUCUGAUGAUGAUGCACUUUCUAGUAACUAGGCGAGACGACGCAGCUUACAUUGCUUACAUUGAUAGUUCUUUUAGUGCAUGAUAAAUAUAAAUUUAAGCUAACGGGGGGCAUCUAGUGCAAUAAUAGCUUGUCUCCCAUCUGUUGGUGCGAAUAUCUCCUAAAAUGUCUACAAGUGUGUGCUACAGUUUUCUCAAACAAGUUGAUGUCAAUAAAAGAAAAGGAGACAAUUUAGAUGAUUAUUAUAUAGUAUUUGAAUCUUAGGUUCGCAAAUAUUGUUUUCGCAGGUAUUUUAGUGUAUUGGCCUAUUUUCUGUUGCACAUCUCUUAGCUAUUUAAUCUCCCAGACACUGUGUGUGAAACUUUAGUGCAACGUUAGACUUAUGAGGCAGCAUAGCCCUGCAUGUCAUCCUCAGUUUGUUUCCAUUUGUCUUAAAUAUCGAGGUUCGAUGUGCAACUGUGAGCUCCUAUGACGUUGUUUCACUGUUGUAACACAAUGAGUCAGGGUUAAUUUCAUAUGAGUAUGGUCUCCUUAAUGUAGCAGCAGGUGUGCUGUUGUUUAUAAGAGCCAACGGAGCUAUAAGUCAACGUUACUGUUUGAACUAUAAUAUGGGGUUUAUGGGAGGAACUGAAAAUGAAUGUUUCCAAUAGGAGCGAGAUAAAAUAUUAAUGCCUAUACUGUAUUGUAGCACUUUCCGCUUACUGAAAUCUCUCCUCUUCUCUUUCUCCUGUUCACAUGAGUUAUUGGACCUAUUCAUAUAUUUCCCAUCUGCCCCCUCCUCUGUUGGUUGAUGAUGCUAUUUUUAAAAUAAUUAUACAGAGAUAUUAAAGAAUUAUGUUUGUUAAUAAUGAACACAAAGAGAGACGGUAUAACUGCAGUUUAUUCUGUUGUUUAUAUAUUAUUAUUGUUGUUAUUAUUGGCAACUGCAUUGCAUUUGAUUAUCACUAGUAUAAUAAUAAGUACAUCUGGGCACGUAUUUAUCGAACUUCUAAAAAUAAUGCUCCUAAAAGCCAACUUCGUAAUAAAAAAGUAUUUAUUUUUAAAGACACAUGUUUAAAGCAAUCCUUCAUUUUAUUAUACUCAGUGAUCAGUUUUCCCGCUUACAUAUGUUAUUUAUCAAAUACUGAAUUAUCACUACUGAUUCAGAUAACAUAUUUUUCAUUAUGACCAAUAAUAGUUGGAACAAUCAAUCCAAAACGUGUUUCUUAGAAGGUGUGUGAUCACAAAUAAAUUUAGCUGGUUUAAAUUUAAGAGCAUUUGAAAUAUGAAGAAACGUGAUAAAAUUGCAUUAGUUCUAUUUCCUGGGAAAUAUGCUUAUUCGCUUUCUUGCGGCGAGUUAGAUGAGAAGAUUGAUGCCACUCUCAUGUUUGCGCGCCAAAUAUGAAACUACAGCCAGGAGACAGUUAGCCUAACUUAGCUUAGCAUUUACACUGUAAACAGAAGGAUACAGCUUGCCUGGCUCUGUCACCUUGUUUUUACACUUCAGUCUUUGUACGUAUUAAGAAAAUGAGAGAUAUAACAUGUUAAUCAGUGAGCUUUCGAGGUGCUAGUAUAGUAUUACCUUUGGAGAAAGCCAGGCUAGCUGUUUCCCCCUGUUGCUAAGCUAAGCUAACUAGCUUCUGGCUGUUGCUUCAUAUACAUUGUACUGGUAUGGAGAAAGAAGAAAGAAGCAUCCUUCCCAAAAUGUCAAACUGUUGAUUGAAGUUAUUGAAUAGGAGUAAAAAUGUAGGAUGUUUACACUUAAACCCGUUUGACAAAUGCAGACCCUGUCCUUAUAUGAUUGACUCAGUGAUAUUUCAGUGUUAAAAGAGUAAAUGAAGCACAAUAUUGUAUGGUAUUAUUAUUGUACAGAGGGCUCUGGUGGUGAGUGUGUGUCUAAUGAAUAGAGUCACUCCUAGCAUAUCUAAGGUUAGUUUAUACAGCGCUAGGCUUCAUCUCCCUGUUUGCUUUCUGAUGGGACUCUUCUGUGCUCAGCGACAUGGCUGUGUUCUUACUCAGCUGGAAGUUGUGUUCUUCAAUUUCUUAUUUUUUUUGUUUUGUUUUUGAGCUUGUAAAUGCGAUGGGUUGCUUGUUUCAAAGAGCCAAAAAUGACCUGUCUACGUGCGGUUCUCUUGAGGUUUAUUAUUAUAAUGAUGUUCAUGGCUGUGUUGCACACACGUUGGUUGUUUCUGACUUCCGUUGUUUGAGUAAGAAUAAAAAAAAAAAAUUUUUGGGGUUGUGAACGAUA